GAGGCGGAGGUGGGGCCGUGCGGUUCGGGCGGGAGAUUCGGGCGAUGGCUUUGGCGUCGGCACUGGAGGGAUCUGAGGGGAAUCUGUGUCCUAGCGGGACAUCGACUCUAGAGGAUCCUGAAUGGCUCCAGUUAAAAUCAGCUACGUGGUGUCAUUCUCCUCACAGGACCCCAAGUACCCGGUGGAGAACCUGCUGAGUGAGGGCAGUGUCCGGCCCUGGCUGGACUGCCCCCAGGACCACAGCAGGUGGCUGAGUGUGGAGCUGCAGCUGGAAAGAGCCAGUCCCAUCAGCUACGUGGACAGUGGGAACUGUGGCUGCGCCUUCCUGCAGAUCGAGGUGGGACAUUCCUCGUGGCCGCGUGACCAGCCCUAUGUCACCUUGGUGCCCACUGUCACGCUGAUGACACCGGAUGACUCAAAGCUGGGCCGGAAUCGCUGCAGUGUUCGGAUGUUUAAGGAAGCAGACUUCCCCGUGCCGGUGGUGAGGCAGCACUGGGACUGCCUGCGGCUCACCUGCAGCCAGCCCUUCAGUCCGCGCAGCCACUUCGAGCUCUCCUUCAUCUGCCUGCGCACGCCACAAGAGCACGAGCCUGAGCCCCCCGGCCACCCCCAGGCCUGGAGGAUGCUGAGCCCUCAGACAGCCCCUGGUGCUCCAACCCUGACUUCCACCAGAUGUUUUUUCCCAAACCACCCAGGAGGUCCAGUGCAGAGGAGCAGCUGAGGAGCCACCUGUGGCAGCUGGAAGGGGGUGCUGGGAGCCCAGCCUACCUCAGCCGCUCGGCCUGGAUGGUGCUGUCAGCAGUGCAGAGUCAGGCACUGAGGCCGGGGGGUGACCCAGAGCUACCAGCCAAGGACCUGGGAGGUCCCGUGGUGCCAGUAGGCUCUGCACUGAACAUACCCACAGCCCACCCAAGCACCUGCAAGCAGCCAGACAAGCAACGUGCUCCCAGCCUUGCUGGCAGGGCUCCAGGUACUGCCUCAAGGCCACACAUGGUCAGAAGAAGAGCCCAAACCCAUGGCUCCCGAGAGAGACAGGCCAGGAGUGGCAGGGGACAGACCAGCACUGAUGGGGAGAUGGGCAUCUGUCCCAUCUGCUCAGGCUGCUUCCUCCUGGAUGUACUCCCCAUGCAUACCUCCCACUGCAGGGAAAAAGACCCCACUGCAGCCUGGCCCUCCUUGUCCCCUGACACCUGGAUGUCCUGCCCCAUUUGCGAGCUGCCUUUCAGCAUGGCAGAGGUGGAGCAGCAUGCCAGCACUUGCGGUGAGCCACUGUCCUCAUCCCGCUGCCUGCAGUAGGACAGCAAAGCUGGGGACAAACCCUGUGUUGCCACCUCCCGGGGGCUGAAGCCACAGUGCUGGACCCAGCUGUGGUGCAAGGAGCAAGGGGCAGAGAUGCAGCAGCCCCAGGACGUUUGUGGCAAGGCUGGUGGGAUGGAUGGAGAAGGUGCUUCCAGCCCCUUGGUGGGGUUUGGGGGGAGCUUAAGGGGCCUGAAACACUGUAAUGGCAGGAGUUACUGCCAGAGAAGAAUAAAGGAGAGAGAGGAAAGAGAGAGAAAUGUCCUGUGACUGCCCAGUGCCACAGCAGGUUCCCUGGGUGAGCACUGUGCCUUGGGGCAUGGUGGGGACAAGGAGGAGGUCAUGCUUUUCCUCCCCUCAAGCUUCACUUGGAGUUCCAGAACUGUGGCCCAUGGGAGGAGGAAGCCAGAACCCCUAA